AUGUGGUUUGCUACAUCUCCAACAUUGCGAGGGCGCAUCACCCGGCCGCGCUGCCGUGGCCGGCGCCCCGCGCAGUGCGUGCAACGCCUCGCCGCCCGCCGGCCCGCCGCUGCUACCGCCGCUGCCACCGCCGCUGCCACCGCCGCCACUCGCCCCCGUUGCAGGGGUGCCGUCGCCGAAGUCCCCAGAACAUGCACCGCUCAAACUGCUGCGGCCGCUCUGUCGUUCCACGUGUUUCUCAGUGGCUUCCAAAUU